AUGGAGAGUGUCCACAUUCCGGGCUGUACAGCUUUGAGGAUGGUGGAGCUUUGUACAAUGAUAAAAUUUUACCAGCAUGUCCUGGCUCUGGUGUUUGCCAUAAAAGAGAUCAACCAAAACCCCACAUUCUUGUUCAACAUCACUCUUGGGUUCCACAUCUAUGAUAGCUGCUAUGAUAUGAAAAUGACCUAUCGUACCACCCUUGGUUUGCUCUAUAAAUUGCAUCGAUAUGUUCCUAACUAUGAAUGUGAUGUCCACAAAAACAUAGUAGCUGUCAUUGGGGGAUUUAGCUCUGAUACCUCUUUCCACAUGUCAGAUAUCUAUACAAGAUUCCACAGAUUCAAUCCCAAGGCAACAGAUAGUGGGAAGAUUAUGGAACUUCAAGAUCUCCAGACUUGGAAGGUCCACCGUGUUCUACAAAGCAUUACCUUCAACAACUCAGCUGGAGAAGCAGUGUCUUUUAAUGGUAAAAGGGAAGUGCGAGGUGGAUUUGAUAUAACCAACCUGGUCAUGUUCCCAAACAAGUCAUUCCACAGAGUGAAAAUUGGAGACGUAAAUCCCAAUGCAGCUGAAGGAGAAAAAUUCAUCAUUCAUGAGAAUAUGAUUGUAUGGCAGACUGUUUUUAAUGAGACAGUGCCCCUUUCUGUGUGUAGUGAUUACUGCAAACCUGGCUAUCAUAAGAAAAAGAGAGAAGGGGAGGAAUUUUGCUGCUACGAUUGUGUUCCAUGCCCAGAAGGGAAGAUUUCAAGCCAAACAGAUAUGGACGAUUGCAUCAAAUGCCGCAGUGAUCAAUAUCCAAGCAAAGACAAAGAUGGAUGCAUCCCCAAGUCAUUGAGUUUCUUGUCUUUUGAAGAACCUUUAGGAAUUAGUUUGGCUUCCUCAGCUGUCUGUUUUUCCCUCCUCACAGCCACAGUGCUCGGAAUCUUCAUUAAGCACAAAGACACCCCCAUCGUCAAAGCCAACAACCGAGAGAUCACCUACGUACUUCUCAUCGCUCUCCUGCUCUGCUCACUUUCUUCUCUUCUAUUCCUUGGCCGACCAAGGAAGGUGACCUGCUUCCUCCGACAGUCUGCUUUCAGCAUCAUCUUCACAGUGGCUGUUUCCUGUGUUUUGGCCAAAACCAUUACUGUGGUUGUAGCUUUCAUGGCCACCAAACCAGGGUCCAGCAUGAGGAAGUGGGUGGGGAAAUGGCUGGCUAACUCCAUCAUCCUUUCCUGUUCCCUUGUUCAAGCCAGCAUUUGUAUGGUUUGGCUGGCAACCUCACCACCUUUUCCUGAUUUUGACACAGAGUCUCUGACAAAAAGUAUCAUACUAGAAUGUAACGAGGGGUCUGUCACUAUGUUUUAUGUUGUCUUGGGCUACAUGGGGCUUCUAUCUCUCAUCAGCUUGAUUGUGGCUUUUCUAGCCAGGAAGUUGCCGUACAGUUUUAAUGAAGCCAAGUUCAUCACUUUCAGCAUGCUGAUCUUUUGUAGUGUUUGGGUUUCUUUUGUUCCAGCCUAUCUGAGCAGCAAAGGGAAAUCCAUGACAGCCGUGGAGAUCUUUUCUAUUUUGGUGUCUAGUGCUGGGUUACUAGGCUGUAUCUUUUCCCCCAAAUGCUAUAUCAUUGUAUUGAGACCUGAGCUGAACAGGAAAGAGGCACUAAUAAGGAGAAAAAACUAA